CACUCUUGAAAUGGUUGAAACACUGGCAGCUGUUGAGAUACGUUUGGUGUGAACAGGAUAAUUGCAGUGUAAGAUUAUUUUGAAGGCCGAAACCAAACCGGUAGUUCGUCGCUGUAGUUGGGGAAACGUUUCAGGAGCCUGUGCUCCGCUGGGUGACUGUGUCAGUUAAAGUAUCUGUUGGAACUCUGAGUGGAAGCUCACUUUACUUUGUGCUCCAAACACGCUGGUGUGUUUACAGCAGGAUCCGGAAGUCGAGGAACUUGUUCUGCGUGUCGAGUUAUUGAUGCUAACAAGAACGCUAGCUGCGGUCUGUAAGACGAACAAUGGCUAACAUCGCCAAAAGUAUGAGGACUGAAGCGGGUUGUUUCUGGAGACGAAGACUCUGAAGCAGUAACGUUAAUGUUCGCGUGCAGCCGUCGUGAAGCUGGAGACUCGGUCAGUUCAACCGACCAGACCUGCUUAGUGAGCAUAUCCGUAAUGUGGAGGUAUUGAAACAAAUGUUGCCAGGUGAAACCAAAUACAUGUGGACAAGUUAAUUCAUCCACAAACGCUGUGAUGUCAGCUAGGCCAUUGUAAGUAAUGGAGACGGUCACCUCUUCUGUCUGUUGAACUGGCCUCACACACCCGCAGGUGUGUCCCUGGCCCGAGGACUUUGUGAACAAGUAGAACAACUUCCUAGCUGCAUUGGCAGUGCAUGCAUCAUUUUCCUAUGUGCUCACAGAACCGUGCAGUCCCUGACACAAGAAGAGCAGAGAACUGAGCAGCUGCAGGCUUUUCUACAACUCCAACAAGCUCACUGAGAAAGGAUGACAGCUGUGGUGGGUAGAGCACUGGGCUGGGUGUGCUCAUGGGGCAGAAGUGCCGCGUCAGACAAUACCUCAGCGGUAGUAGCCAAGGGCCAGAAGCAUGGCUGGGGCAGCCAGAGCCACAGGGGGUGGACCUCUUGGCUCUGGGAUGGGUGGAGACGUCAAAGUGCUCCAGUAGAGGAGUACUGGGAGGCCCAGGAGAGGGUUCCGACCUUGGAAAUGGAAGAUCUCUAUGCAGGGAAGCAGAAGACUGUGGUAGAUUCGGGACAAGUUUCUAGAUGGUGGUAUAAAUAUCUCCCAACUUACAUUUUGUGGCCAAGAAAAUCUGAGCCAAGCACACUAAGCCAAAGGAAACAUGAUGGUCUGAGUCGAGGUGCAUGGGAUCAUGAUGUUGAUGGGGACUUUUCCGACUACAUAACACCACCUCCGUCUCCUACACCUCCUUCCUCUCGGUUGACAUCACCUUUUCGACUCUUUGCGGACAGCUGGAAGGUGGAAAUCCUACCGGAGCACUACGAGAUCUGUUUCAACUUCCUCCGCCACUUGUUUGACCUCUUAGUCGUUGGCUUCCUGUGGACUGUGUCUCCUCCCACAAAGCUGAUCCUGGAGGUGUUGGGAGUCCAGGGAGCACUGCGGCUGUGGUUUCAUGGUAUGGCCAUGUUUUUUGUCUCCACAGUUGGAAUGGCAGGAUUACUCUGGUUGAUCCAGGAGUAUCUCUACCAGUUUGCUUUGAUCUAUGGCAUCAUACAGGCAGUGGUGAUCUCUGUCAGUGUUGGACAGAGUGUGAUAACCGGCGUGGACGGAGAAGAAGAAGAUGAAAAGGAGGAGGAGGGAAAGGAGACUAAUGAAAUGACAGAUUGUAAGAAGCAUACAGAAAAACUUGUGUCCGUUGAGGACAAGGUGAAGACAAGUUAAACUCAUGACGCUGAGUUGCUGUCUAUUCAGCUGUAAUAGACCUGGUCCGGGUGUUUGACAUCACAGCAGUUGGACUACACACGGACUGAUUCACUUCACUACCGGGUUCUGCAGUGACUUGCUAACUGUAUUGCACAUUCAUUGCAAAGUCAUCAAAUUUGAACUUAUGUCACUUUAUGUUCAAAGCUAUUGGUCUGAAUUUUAUACAUGUCUGUCCUCAUGUGAUAACAUUGUAAUCCUAGAAUGUUGACAUUGAAAGCCAUAGAAAGGUUUAAUAUCUCUUUAAGUAUUUUACUACUAUAAUGACAUUCAGAAAUAAGUGGGUCCAUGAAUGUCCAAGAAAUCCUUGCUAAAAGAAAGAUUUCCAUUGCAGUUUACCCUGUGUACUACUUGUGCUGUGGGGAUAAUUAAGUUUUGAUACAAUAUAAGACAAUCACCUGAUUUAGGACCUUUGAUGCAUUCUGGGUGAGAGAAGAUGAUCAGAUUUGAACCAGAAACAACCAAAUUCACAGCCUGUGUGAUAUGUUUCUGCAGCACCAAAGAAAUGUGGCUGCUCGAAAUAUAGUAAAAAAGUGUUUGGAGACAGAGAAGUCUUUAUGCUUGUGAGGAUUCAGCAGAAGUUCAAACAGCUCUUACUACAACCAGAAUAUCAAAAUGACUCUGAGGUCAGGUCAGAAGACUACGAAAUGUUCCCUGAGUGAACAGAAUUGUAAUAUCACCACAGCAAACACGGGAACUGCUCCCACACAGACAUGCUGUCUGCUCUGCUUAGACUCCUGUGCUCACAUUCUGUGUGGUGAAAUGUAGAUCAAUUCUUAAUCAACAGUGAGUGAAUUUGGAAUCACGAGGUUCUAUUCAAUAUGAGUUCCAUUUUAGCAACAGACUAGUAUCCAUUGGUUCUGAAGCUUGAAGUGAAGCUUUUGUCAUUUAAGGUACAGUCACAUUAGUCAUCUGUCCCUGCAAAUAUUCCACCCCACUUUCAUUUCCGUCAAACUAAAGCUUGUAUAACACAUUUCAAAAUGCACAUGUUGACUUGCUUGAGUGUGUCGUUUGCUCAUCCUUGAUCUGUGAAUUCAUACAGUGUUCUGCUAGAAGGAGAAUACGUUAUUCUAACACUACAUCAUCACCUAGUUUUGUAUGAUUCACCUUUUGGACUACAAACUGUAAUAUCCCUCUGACACAGUUCACAUUCUGUUUUCAGUCUGCUUGAUAUUUAUUAACCACAUCAGACCUGUGAGAGCACAUUCCUUUUCAGGGUUGUUAUGUCGAACAGAGGGCUGAUGUAUAUGUACCAGGAGGAUGGAUGAACAAGUAGCAACCACCACUACUGACCUGCAUGUUCAGACAUGUCAGUCAAGCACACACACACAAGAUGAUACUUUAUUAAAGCCAUAAGAUCUCUUUUGCUCAGCAUUGACCUCAAAUUUUGGUCUUACAAAUAAAAUGAAUGAGUAUCUUAAGACGGACACAUUAGAUGAAAUUCAGUGUUUGUUUUUUUUAAAUAACAGCCAUGGAGGAAUUGGCUCCAGUGCUCAGCUUUGACAGUUGCAGUUUGUUCAUUUCCACUGGUCAAACUGUUUUGUACUAUAUAUAUUUUGACACAUUGAAUUGAAGAAGACUAUGACAGCCCUGUGUGACCUGUGGAAAAACAUAACCACAUACACUAUGUUUCACACCACAGUGAGAAUCUAUUUAUCUAAUUCUUCUCAAGAACAUAACACUAUUAAUGUUGCUUGUUGUAGGAGGAACACUAUCUGCGUAGAGAUUGUAAGUAUGGACAUACAAUACCAGCAGCACAUAUUCAUGUGUUCUCUGUAUACACUUGUAAUUGCCUUAUGACAUUUUCUGUGCAGUGAUAUUGUUUGUGUGAAACACUGAGAAUGUAAUGCUAUAAGUUGUUUUCUUGUCAUGCUUUCAAUUCAAAGGCAUAACAAUGUAGAGCCCAGCAGUGUAAUAUGGUUUAACUGCACAGAUGCAUGUUUUGCACACAACGCUCCUGUUGUAUGCAACUUCAUUUGACUUUCAUCAGAUAUUCUUUCUAUAGCAUGCACCGUUAUUGGUUACCAUUAUAACAGCCUGUGGUUGACGAUAUUGAAAUGAACAUUUCAUGUGAUUGAAAGGUGAUUGUUCAUUUGUGUGCACAGUGUAUGAAAAUAUUUGAAUUUAAAAUUCAUAGCUAUAGCUAAAAUGAAAAUCUUGCUUGUAAGUUAUUUGUCGCAAUAUUGACUUGAACGUUAAUGUGAACUGAUCGUGUCCUUUUCAUAUGUUCUACCUAAAUUUGAAAAUCAAAAUACAAACUAAACAAAAUUUUGAGCUCAAAACAUUAAUUGGUUGACAAAAUAUAAUGUGAAACUAUUUUGACCAUUUACUAAGUUUGUUUUUCCUCAGUUCCUUUAUCUUAUGUGAUAGUAAAUUAACUUUCUUUUGCCUUUGACUUGUUACUAUAUCAAAACUUAAAGGUGACACCUUGGGCUUUAGAGAAUCGUGGAGGGAAUGUUUGCUCUUUUUGCUCAUUUCAUUGACUAUUACGAGUGUACUAUUGAAAAAUUGAAAAUAAAAUGUUAAGUCUUUACCAUUGAAACUUUAAUAACAGCUUCAUAACAGCUAACAUUGACAGAUUUUAUAAGAGAGACCUGUGAGCGUACUGUCGCUUUGAUAAGGUAAAAACACUGUUCAGUGAGCAAGUGUAGAUUGCCCAUAUUCUAUAUCCUUAAAAAUUUUAAUUUGAAGACUUUUUUGUAUUGUGCCAAAAUUAUUAACAAUUUUAGUCCUGAAAAUGUCAGUGUCUUCAGCUUUUUAUUGACUUUUAUUUAUUGUUUGCUUAUAUAGAUCUUUUAUGAUAUUCACGCUGAGAAUCCCCAGUAAGUAAAAAUGUAUUUUUCUGUGAGGAGCCAGCUCACCUUAUAAGUGCUGAAUAACUGUAGCUUAAUAAACUCAGUCCUGUGGAGGGAGGACCACACCAAUGACACACCAAUGUCUGGUGUAAUUUUAACGCGGAGAAGAAGGUUCUGUUGUGACCUAGCACAUGUCAUUUAUCAACCCGACAUGACGCUUGCUAUAUAAAACUCUUCCAUUGGA